AUGAAUCAAGAAACAGAUUUAAAGAAUUUUUGUGUUGAACAUAAAGAUCCAAAGCUACACGAAUGUACAAAAUACGUUUAUAAAGAGAGAAGAGUACAUCCUUGUCCAGAGUGCAAUGAAUUGCUCGUAGUCGGUAAAGACGAUGAUGUUGACACUGUCAUCGUGAGACACUUGGAUAGAGACUGCGGCAAGAAGUCAAACAAACCAAAGAGCUACCCAUGUACACUCAAAGGUUGUAAAGCAAAGGAAUUCGUUGCAGUUAUAUGCGAUCAAUGUAAAGAAAACUAUUGUUUCAAACAUAGAUUCCCAACAAGUCAUAAAUGUGUUCCUCUACCAAAGCCAUCAUAUUCACCAACUUCACUAUUUAAAUAUUUUGUGGGAAGUGGAAGUAGCAGCACAGCUACAACUACAACUACAACUACUCGUAAUAAUACAUCAUCACCAAAACCAGUAACAUCACCAACUUCCACUAGACCAGUAAACAAUGUUAUGGCAGAACAAAAGAGACAACAAGAAGAGUUAAGAGCAAUAAGAGCAAAGCAACAAGAACAAUAUAGAGAUACACAAGCUGAGAUUAAUGUUUUACUUACAAACGGUGAAGUGAUUACAGGAAAGUUUAAUUAUAAUGAUUCAUUCCGUCAGAUUCAACAGUUUAUCAAUCAGAAUAGAACAGAUGGAAAGUCACCGUAUGCCAUUAUUUCAGAGAGUAACCCAACACCGUUUUCCUCGUACGAUCUUGAUCUAACUCUUCAAGAAUUGAAAUUGGCACCAAGUUCAACAUUGGUUUUGGUGGAACUAGAAAUAGGUGACAAUAGAAUUGAAGAUCAUAAUAUGAAUGAGAGUAGAGACAAUUCAAAGUCCAAUUUCUCCUAUUUCAAUCCAUUUUCAUGGUUCGGUAACUAA